AGUUACGUUUUCCUUAUGCCCCUCAAAUACAGGAUAAAUGAUUGGGCUUCAUGAGCUUCAAAAUUAUGCUCUAAACACGAACUUUAGAAUUGAGGCUAUUUAGGGAUUUAUUUGCCCUAAGGUGUAUGUUCUGUGUAAUUAACUAUAUUCGAAAGUAACAUGAAUGAGAACUAAAUCGAUGAAUAAUUAGUAGUCGAUUAUAGUAAACGAAGAAUAUACUUGUCAAAUCCAUAUGCUCAAUACUGUGUUAUUUUACAUGUCGUGGUUCAGUUAAUUGCGGUUCUUUCUUAGUUUUUUAUAUAAUGGUAUUAUUAGAAAAUGAUGCGUUUUUGUUGGAGUUAACUAAAUUAUUUCAAAAAUGCAGACUGGAUGGCUCAGUGACCAUAACAUUCAAAAGAUAUGAUGGUAGAAAUCGACCUAUUCCAAGAGCUGGAAGACCACCUCUACCAGAACCACAAGAAAAUAUGUGCUUAGUUAGAGCCAAAUCAAGAUCUAAAAAAAUAGCAACAGUAAUCCACCAAAAAGACGUGAAUAAAUUCCAAGUUGCAUACAGCAAUUUACUGAAGGGUAAUUUGGAUGGAUUGAAAAAAUUGAAAAAAACAAAAACCAAAACAAAAGCGGAGUAACAAGUUUUUAUUAUCUAUUACAAAAUACAAAAAUUUAAUGCAAUGAUGCAUUUCUUUUUUUUAUUUAAUUCAUAUAUAUUUGAAAUUCUUUCUAAUAAAAUAGAAAUUUAACAGAUUUUUCUGUAUUGAGAGAUAUAUAAUUAAUAUUCUAUUAUUAAUACCAGUACAUCUUAUUAUUACUAUCACAUACUUAACUGCAAUAUUCCUUCCUGUCUUUUAUAGGAAAUUACAAAUAUUUCAAUUAAUAAAUUUCUUCAACAUUCAUCAAAAUUGGUUGGUUAAAGUACAUCUCCCAGUUCCUACUGACAACUAAAAGGUGCUACUGAAAUCGAUCUCGGAUGACGAUAAUGACUAUUUUUAUGUUAAAGUAGCUUAAAAGAUGCUAUUUUCAUUGUAAUAGCGAUUACUUUGAACUAGGAAUCAUUUUCCACACUUUAGCAUAUUUUUCUUUAAUAAUACCUUACCAACAAUUAUGUUCAAUUCAAGAGAGCCUAAUAAAACUAAUAGUAUAUUGAAAUACUAGUAACAGGAAGGAACGAAUGGAUUAGCUUUGUGUAACGAGUAUUUUACACUAUUUUAUCUAUUUUGGCUUGUAUUCACAUUAUUUAUUCGUAGAAAAAUUGAUAAAAGUAUACAUUAGGGAAUUUACUCUGUAACAUAGGUGGCCGGAUGGUACCAAUGAUUCUUGUUUGACAGUUGACAUUGGAAAUAUAUGAAUUCAAAAGUUUCUUGGAAUCAGAAAAAAACUCAUCCUGUGAGCGGAAUGCUGUAUGAAGAACAUUAGUUUACUAGAUAUUUCCAAGAAUUUUCUUCAAUGUAGAUUUAUAUGUUUAGUCCAUAUUUCAUAACUACAUUUAUAUUGUAUAGAAAGUCAUUAUAAUUUAUUGUAAGUAAUAUAUUAAAAUUUAACAUAA